AGGAAGUGUCAGAAGCUUGUGAGUCCCUGAGCGAGGAGAAAAGCGGUUUCAAACACAGCCUCACUACUGGAGCCGAGGAGAGAAGCACACAUUACCUGAUCAACUGAAGAAGGUUAUGAGGUGAAUUGGAGACUUUCUCUCUCAGCUUGAUUCAUGAUGUCGUUUAGAGUGAUAAGACUCAUCAAAAUCACAGAGGAGGGUCUGAGCUAUGGUGGUGUUGAGACACAGACAACACAGCUUGGAAGUGUUUCACAGAAGUGUAAAGGACAGACAGAGGGGCCGGCAAGUGCUCUGCGCCAGAAAGAACUGGCAGAGGGCAUUGGAAUAGAGGACGAUGACACCGAAGACCGAGAGGUCCCUCCCACUGAGUGUGAGGAUGUGGAAGAUAUUGGUAGUCCUGAUGUGAAAGCAGAGCUUCCCUCCCACCUCAGCAUCACUAAGGAUGUUAAGGAGCGCUGCAUUCAUCUGCUGUCUGAUCCCAGCCUCAGGCUCCGACUCAAGGUACUGGACGUGCUGGAGUUGUGCGUUCAGGUGCUGAGUGAGAGGGAAAAUGAACUGCUGCCUAUGGCUCAUCGCUGCUGGCCAGCACUCCUGCAGAGACUCACAGCCGAUGACCCAUUAGCAGUCCUCAGAGCCUUCAGGUCGUCUAAGGUCCAUCACUGGUCUCUCACCAUGAGUGUUCACGACAGCCACGAGCCUCUCCCAGAUGUUGUUAGAUGUUGUCAGAGUCUCAGUACUCACAGCAGCCGCAAGCUUCUCCAAGAUGUCAUCCGUGCUGCAUCUAAUGAGUGUGAUGACGUGAGGGGAGCCGCGGUGGUAUCGAGCGACGGACUCCAGUGCAGAAUGCUAACUGGGCUGGGAUGUGAUGGGCCCAGUGGACGGACGAGACUGGGACAGGAGGCUCCUCGUCUGCCUGGCACGAGGCUGGCCUGGACCCCGCUCAGCAAGAGGAAUUUCUGUCCAGCUCAAGAACACACAAGGAAUAUUCGUCCUGGGUUGUGGGACUGGGUGGGAUUUUUGUGCACGAAGAGAAUUGUAUUUUGACCAGUUUUAGAAUAAUCUUAUCUAGUCUCGGUGGGAAUUUUAGCAUAUUGAGAAUAUUUUAUUGUAUAAUUUAUUUCUUAGUAUCUGGUUUGUCUUAUUCCUGCUGUCCACCUGGUGGAAUAAACAGUUUCUGAUCAGACAAUCACUUCUGUGUUAUAAUGUUAACUGAAGUUUCUCAGGUCAGAUGACCAAUAGAUGAUAAGAAAUAUACUCUUAGCAAUUAUUAGAGUUGAAAAGUACUUUGCAAGUCAAAGUACUAAAUCGGGUUAGGUUGAGGCUUAAUCCUUCACCUUAAAUGGUUCAGAUUGUCUCUAAAUGGAUGAAUGAAACAAUACUUUCCUGUCAAAAACAAUAUUUUAGUCAGGGCUAGCAGAAAGUUUCAUAUAUAUCAUGAACAUCUUUCCUAUUUGUCUUCCUAUAGUUUAGUUUCAUUUUCUUACCCCAACCGGUGGAGGCAGAUGGCCGCCCUCCCUGAGCCUGGUUCUGCCGAAAAUGGAGUUUUUCCUUCCCACUGUUGCCAAGUGCUUGCUCAUAGGGGAUCAUUUGAUUGUUGGGGCUUUCUCUGUAUUAUUGCACAACCUUUAUCUUACCAUAUAUUUCAAGUUUAUAUGUUGUGAAUUGGCUUGAUUUAAAUCAAACUGAACUGCAUUCAAUUAAAGCCAAAUAUAACUUGUAAUCGAAUCUAUUCAAAUGUAAAGUCCUCUCACUCAAUUUGGACUAGCACUGAAAAACACACUGACAUCCUCUGUUUCCCAAUUAGCAGAUCAGAGGGUGCUGUUUUAUUCAUGACUCAAUACUUGAAUGGUUUUAUCCUGUUUAUAAAUAAACAUUUUAAAAUGACA